UGCAAUACAGUAUUUCAAAAAUGAAGGUAAUGUUAAGUUUUUCAUUCAAUUCUUUACAUGAGUUCUAAGGAAGAAACAAUUUUAUCAGAAAUUAGCAAAAGCUUUCCCAAAUGUGUGAUUUGAAUGAAGUCUAACUACAAAGCACCUAUAAAUAAAACCAUGAAUAAGCUAAAUUAAAUAAUAGAGGCAAGGAUGCACAUUCCUCUUUCCUGCCAUGUGGGAUGCACACGUUCAGAACUUAAGAACUCUGGGGGUGUGUUACCAGAACUACUGUGAAGACAAUUCUCGUGGACUGCAGCGUGAUUUCCAAUCUUCAUUGCGUGGAACCACAGGAAGGAGGAGGAGUGGCGAGUUUAGAAUAAACCCUGGGAGCACAGGCAGUGCCGCUGUCAGUCUCUGUGCUUCUGCUAAGGUAUAAGGACUUCCCCUCCCUGCCUGGGACUGAACGCUGGUGACAGGGCCUUCAUGGAGUGUGUAAACAAGACUGUGGUGAAGGAGUUUGUCUUCCUUGGCUUCUCGACUCUGGCGGAGCUGCAGCUGCUGCUCUUCAUAGUCUUCCUGCUCCUCUAUUUGUUUACUUUGAGCACCAAUGCCGUGAUUAUCUCCACCAUUGUGCUAGACAGGGCCCUUCACACCCCCAUGUACUUCUUCCUUUCUGUCCUCUCCUGUUCCGAGACCUGCUACACCUUUGUCAUUGUGCCUAAGAUGCUGGUUGACUUGCUGGCUCGGAAGAAGAGCAUCUCGUUCCUUGGCUGUGCCGUCCAAAUGUUUGCCUUCCUCUUCCUUGGUUGUUCCCACUCCUUCCUGCUGGCAGCAAUGGGUUAUGACCGCUAUGUGGCCAUUUGCCACCCUCUGCGAUACACAGUGCUCAUGGGACACAGGGUAUGUGUGGGGCUAGUAGCUGCUGCCUGUGUCUGUGGCUUCACUGUGGCACAGAUUAUCACAUCCUUGGUGUUUCACCUGCCCUUCCAGACGUCUAACCAACUCCGUCACUUUUUCUGUGACAUCUCCCCCGUUCUCAAGUUGGCAUGCCACCACGCCCACUUCACUCAGAUCACCAUUUUCCUGCUCUGUGUGUUGGUCCUGGUAAUCCCUCUGUUGUUGAUCUUGGCAUCAUACGUUCACAUCAUUUCUGCCAUCCUCCAAUUCCCUUCCACAUUAGGCAGGUACAAAGCAUUUUCUACCUGUGCUUCUCACCUCAUUGUGGUCAUAGUCCACUAUGGAUGUGCCUCUUUUAUCUAUCUAAGGCCUAAGUCCGGCUACUCUUCAAGCCAGGAUGCUCUGAUAUCCGUAUCCUACACUAUCCUAACUCCGUUGUUCAACCCGGUUAUCUACAGCUUAAGAAACAAAGAGUUCAAAUCAGCUCUUCAUAGAGUUAUAGGAAGAACAGUUACCCUAAGACAAUGCUAAUCUGUAUCCUGCCUGUUUUCAAAUAACUAAGAAUAAUGGACACAGAGGGAAAUUCUCUAGAUGGAAAUAAAUAAGCAAUUGCACAUCGUGUUCACAAAUAGAGAAUAUUUUCCCUGACUUCCAAUAUAAAAUUCAGAAACACACAAAUUCUUGCCUUGAUGAUAUGGAACAUUGUCCAGUAAAGAAUAUUACAUGAACCCACUUCUGUUCUAGGAGGCCAGUGUUGCAGCUAAUCGCGGCUGUCAAUUCACACAGGAGCUAGAAUCAGCUAAGACACAGACUUCUGGGCAGACGUGUGAAUGCAUUUCCAGAAGGGAUUAGCUGAGGGGAGAUCUUCCCUCAGAGUAAACAGAGCCUUCAACAUGUAGCCCAGAUGUAAAGAUGUCUGAGGAGAGGGAUGUUGCUUGCCUGCCUGCUUUCCCAAAUUGCAUCUAUGUCUGUUAUUUUUGUUGUUGCUGCGCUACUACUGCUGCCUCAUUUUGAUGGCUACUUUGGAAUCCCAGCACAGACAAGUGGAUCUCCAGGGACCAUCCAGGUCUUAAGCACAAACUUUUUGACUGCUGAAAAAUCAGCCUCAUGGACUGAGCACCUCUAAUGCUCUCAGCCUCUGCAACAUGCACAUAGCCAGUACUGGACUGUGUAGUCAGUUCCUCCUGUGUGGACGACUCUAGUGGCUCUGUCUCCCAGGGAGCCCCAUCUGAUGCACUGGGAAGUGCUUUAUAUCUAGAUUGUGCUCUUUCUGAGUGAUUUCUGAAUUGUGUUAUUUCAAUAUAAUUAAGUUACAAUUUUAAUGAGAUAAUUGGAAAACUGCUAGUCAAAGUUUGGUGCAUAUAAUACAGGCAACUGAUGCUCUCAUGAGAAAGUUAUAAAACAACUAUUUUGGUGUUUCUUUAAGUUUUUAUUCAAAUAUACUGUGUGUUAAUAAUAUCAGUGUAUCUAAUGAAUAGACUUUCUUUUCUAACGUUUAAAUAAGUUUAAAACUUACUUUACUCAACAUUCACCAAGUGGAAAGCUGUGUGGAGAGUCACGAGUGAGUCAGGGAUCCACAGGAGGCCAGGACCAGAACCAGAGAAGGCCUCUUGUGAAGGAUGGGGAAACAUACGGAUGUCUGUUCAUGUUUCUUUCUGUGGUCUGCUUGUGAAUAAAAAUUUCUGAAUUCAUUUUUUUCUUCCUGUUUUCCUUUUCUUCAACGAAUUAGUUCUUCAGUGGUGAAGAUUGGUGGUGUAAACCUUUCAGGUAGUGAAAUAAGAAAAAAGAAAAGGAAUAUCCUAUCAAAUGCCUGCUCAUUUUACAGCCUGUCUGCUAGGGUGUUAGCCCACUUCAUUUCUUCUGUAUCUUUAAAGCUUGAGACAGUAUACAGAUAGGGCUUGAAGGAAAUGGGUAUUAAAGUUAACUUAUGUAGCUGCUAAGUUAUUUUCUUCCUUUUGCUUCAUAAUUACCGCAGUCUUCUGGCCUAUCAAGUUGUCUCACGGAAAGGAAAUGGACUUAACCCCUACUAUGGAUCCCUUUAACAUGUCAAUUGUUUGCACUUGUAGUGUUUCUUUAGAAGGUUGCUUCAUGUGUACCUUAAAGCAGCCUUGAGAAGUAUGCAUUAUGGUCCACAUUUUAUAGAAGAAAAAAUUGAUACUAAGAGAACUAAAAUGAUUUCCCUACUGAUGAAUAGAAGAACUUGAGAGCACAUCUGAUGUUGAAAUUGUGCACUCCCAUGACCCUUUGUAAUACUGAUUGUUUUCAUU